AUGUCUGGUGACUUAUUUGGCCCAUUACGAUGGCGAUGGAAGUCUGAACAGCAAGUAAAAAUACAAACAAAAAUGUAUCAGCAUAAUGGUACAAUUGAUCUGACAGUAGAAGGUAUUGAUUCACAAAAUCAAGCAGUAUAUCAAGAAUUUAUGUCAUUCUUAAGUUGGUUACGCAAUUGUGCUGUAUUUCGAGAUCUUGAUUCAGGAGUUUCACCGCGUGCUUUAAAACCGGAAAUUCGUGAUCAAUAUCUUGACAUGGAAGCAAAAAUUGGAAAUAUAACUGAUCCAGAUCGGACAUCAGUUGAUAUAUGGAAAAGUUUGAAGGGUCCUAAUGCUUCACGUGAAACACGUAUGGAAGUAGUAGCAUGCAUAGCUGUUUGUCAAUUCUAUUGUCGAUUAGAAGGUGGAUUUAUUCGUGAUUGGGUUGUGGGUAAUUAUUUCUCAAGACCAAGUAACCUACCAUCAAAUCAAUGGAUUCAAUAUUCAACAACUAGUAUACCAAUAUUACCUAAAGAUCUUGUCCCAGCAGAUCUUGAUUGCAUUCUACCAUACUCGAAAAUUUUUGACAUUGAAGCUUUUAUAGAUGCAUUAUAUGGCUAUGGAAUUGUAGCAAGAGUAUUUCGACAAGACUGGCGUUACGUACUCUUGAUAGAUGAAAAUACCAAGACAGGUCCGUUUAUGAUGGAUUUAAUUGAACCACAUAUUGCUCAAACACAUGAUCGAACUGAUUUUGAUGUUAGUAAUUUAACAUUAGAACGAAGAUAUACGAAAGAUUUGGGUAUGCGUGUUGACAUCACUCGUUUAUCAGAUCCAAUUCAACUCGAAACAAUUGUAGACAAUAUUCGUAAUAAAAAAUUUCAAGUUCUACGACCAAUCGAUAAAACGGUUACGAAACGCAUAGAGAAAAUGAAAUCAAGAGGAUGGACACAAAUUGGAACACCAUUGUCAUUUAUUCCAGAUCUACCAUCAACUUACAAUGCUGUUCUUAUGCUAUAUCCACCUACAACAGUACUCUAUCAGAAUCUUGUGACUCAAAUGAAAAAAAUACCUGGAGGACAUGUUAUAUCAAUUGAACAAAUAAGAAAUAGUAAUAUUGAAGCAUUGUAUGAAAAUAUGAAAGAAACAAUAGCAAAAGAAUGUCCUGGUAAGAAUCCAAAUGAACGAGAAUUAUUUCACGGCACUCAUGGUGAUGCAAUGAAAGGAAUAAUUAACAGAGGUUUUGAUGACCGAUAUUUUUCGCCGGAUGGAUCAUGGGGUAUGUUAACAGUUUCAUUUUCAAACUGUUUUUUUUCGAUUUUUAGUAGACAAGAAAUAUAG